AUUCAUUGCUUAUGCUAACAUGCGUUAGUUUUUUUAAAUGGUAUUUUGUCAAAGUUAUAUCCCGGAUUAUUUUGCAAUAACUGACAUUUUAUCUACUGAAGAACGAAUAUCUUGUAAAAUUGAAGUAGUAAAAUUACCUGGUUUAGAAUCCAGCAGUUUAUAUCGAUAUACCAAAUAUAUACAAAGAAGGAUACAGAGAAAUUUUAGAAGCAGAUGAUGAUGCUAUAGUUUUAAGUAGAUGGAAUCCAUUUUAUUAUGAAUUAGGAAUGCAUGUAAGAAAAUUCAAUGGCAAAGAUUCUGAAAUAAUUGCAGAAAGUUUACUAUAGAGACUGGCGCCACCUAUAGAAUAUGGUAGGAAUUGCAACUUGGAGCAUGUGAGGACGUAAAGCAACACAUAGAAGCAGCUCUUAUCUCCACUAUCCGUCCGUGACCGUUGCUACGCACGCCUUUUCGAACAUUCGGCGGAAGGACCGUUGGGAUAUUAAUGGUUCAUUAGGCACUUCGCUUCGCCGAAAUAUAUUGUUGCCAAGUUUCGGCACAUCUUUAUAUCCGGUUUUGAACUGUGACGGUCGAGACAAACGCGUAGCAAACAGUUAGAUUUAUUAUAAAGAUAUUUCGUUUACAAGAAUAUAUAGUUUCAAAUAAAAUGGGAACAACAAAACAAGAAGUACAUCGACCUGGUGCAUUUAAGCAAGUUAAUAAACCACAUAAAACGGGUAGACAUCGUAGUAAAGGAUCAAUAAGUAGCGAGGUUAAAGGAAAAGUUGGAGUAAAAGUUUUAUCGAAACGUGCCACUAAAAGUCUUGGGAAGCGUGCCCGAAGGCUACAAUCUUCACAAAUUAGAAAAAACAAGAGAGAGGAGGUGUUGCAGCAAAAAAGGAAUUUUGGUGGAUUCCAUUCUGCACCUAUUCUUCUAUGUAUUAUUGCAUUACAAAAAGAUGUAGAUGCUGAUAAUAUAUUAUCAGUAAUAACAAAAGCUGACGAGUCUGCGACUAUAAUUAGUAGUCCACGUGGUACAAUACAUUUAAGUGUACCUAGGUUCAAGCAACGCUUUUCUAUUGUGGUUGCACCAGUUGGAAAUUUGUUCGCGACAUUGGAUAUAGCAAAAAUAGCUACCACUGUUCUUUUCGUUGCAUCCGCAACAAAUAAGUCGGACAAUAGUCCCAGAUUGGAAGUACUUGAUGACUGGGGAAAGGAAAUUAUUAUGCCCUGUGUUGCUCAAGGUUUGACAACUCCGCUAAUAGCACUUACAAAUGUUGAAAAUCUUCACAUAAAGAAACGUCAAGAUUUCAAAAGCCAUGUACAAUCCGAACUUUGUAAGUGGCUUCCUAAGGAAGAAGUUUUCCAACUAAGUACCCCCAUUGAUGCUUUUAAUAUUUUACGACGUAUUGGUACUAGAAAACAAAGAACAGUAUCUUAUAGAAACAAUAGAGCUCAGUUGUUAGGAGAAGAAGCAGUAUUUAAAUGUAAUGAAAACUCCACAGAGCUUGGAACUCUAAUGAUCUCUGGGUAUCUCAAGAACGUACCAUUAUCAGUUAAUGGUUUAGUUCAUAUACCUGAAUUGGGAGAUUUUCAAAUCUCUCAAAUUGAUGCACCUGGUGAUCCAUAUCCAGUGGAGAAAAAGUUGAAGAAAGAUUGUAAUGCAAUGGACGAUGAACCAUCUACGCGGGUUCUUGCACGCGCAGAUCCAGGGAAACAAGAAUCUCUCGAAAGUGAAAAUAUACUUGACCCUAUGGAUGCUGAACAAACUUGGCCUACAGAAGAGGAAUUAGCCGAAGCCAAAGCACAAAGGAAAAAAAUUGUAAAGAGAGUUCCAAAAGGAACUUCUGAAUAUCAAGCAGCUUGGAUUCCUGAUGAGGAUGGAGAGGAAUUGAGUGAGUGCUCGAGCGAUGAAUCAGAAGACGAGAUGUCUGUCGAUGAAGCACAAUCUGAAACGGAUAGUGGACCAGACGCAGAAGACGAGGAAGAAUACGAGACAAUUACUGUGUCCGAAGUUCCUGAUGAACGAUACGAUGAGAAUAUCGAUAUGACAGAAGAAAAAGAAGCAAUGGAAAACUUGAAGAACGCAAAAUUAGACGCAAAAUUUCCUGACGAAGUAGAUACACCUCAAGAUAUGUUAGCAAAACAGAGGUUUCAGAAAUAUCGUGGACUUGAAUCAUUCAGAACAAGUCCGUGGGAUCCGGAAGAAAACCUUCCUACUGAUUACGCUAGAAUAUAUAAAUUUGAAAAUUUUGAUAGAACACGAAAACGAAUAUUUAAAGAAUCGCGGGAAAUAGAGGGUGCUAUGCCUGGUUGGUAUAUCACAAUUCACGUUGCAAAUGUACGCGUAGAUGCAUUUUCUUCAUUGGGAAAUCAUCCAUUAAUUGUAUUUGGUUUAUUACCGAACGAGCACAAAAUGUCUGUCUUAAAUGUGACAUUAAAACAUACGGGUCAAACAUACAGUCCGGUGAAAUCUAAAGUAAAAUUGAUAUUUCAAUGUGGAUUUAGGAGAUUCACUGCGUGCCCAAUAUUUAGUCAACACACAAACGGAAACAAACAUAAAUAUGAGCGGUAUUUUCGUCCAGAGAACACUGUCGUAGCAAGCAUGUACGCUCCAAUUACUUUUCCACCAUGCCCAGUAUUAUGUUACGUUGAAAAACUGAAUAAAUCAUUGGAAUUAAUUGCAACCGGAAGUGUAUUAUCUGUGAAUCCAGAUAGAAUAGUUGUAAAACGUGUUGUUCUUAGCGGUCAUACGUACAAAGUGCAUAAACGAUCAGCAGUUAUAAGAUUUAUGUUCUUUCAUCGAGAAGAUAUAAACUGGUUUAAACCAGUUGAACUACGAACGAAAUAUGGUCGCAGAGGACAUAUAAAAGAACCAUUGGGUACUCAUGGUCAUAUGAAAUGUGUAUUUAAUGGUCAACUGAAGUCGCAGGACACGAUUUUAAUGAAUUUAUACAAAAGAGUAUUCCCAAAAUGGACAUAUGAACCUUUGUUGUUAACAGAGUUACAACAUCAAAAUGAAAGCAUGAACAUAGAAUAAAAUCUGUUAAUUAAAGUAUUAAAAUGUAUAUAUAUGUAUAUAUAAUAAUAAAUAAAAUUUUGUCAUACAUUUAAAA